AUGGCUGCUGGUGACAACCCACACUCAAUAUCAGAGAAAAAGGCAGCACUGAGGGAGUCACCUAAGCAAUCCAAGAAUGAUGUUAAUCAGCAAGCCAGAGCUUCUACAUUUCCUAAAGACAAAGUUGCUGGGACUGUUGGUAUCAAGAGGCCGCAACCUAAUGCCCCCCUGAGCCUGACCAACCAGCACGCACCAGGAAAUCCCGGGGCAAAUGGCCAUCUCGUGUAUGUGCGCAGGAAGCUUGAAACAGACCAAAGCAAAGGAGGCGCUUCUGCUGGUGCAGAGAGUGCCAAUUCUGUGAGCUCAAAGAAACCUGCUACUGGUGGACCGCAGGAGCAAAGUUUGAAGCUUCAGAACAGCGCAACUCAUGCCCAAUCAGCUCCUGUUUCCGCGUCUCCUGCUGCAGCUGCUGCUACCACCAAUGUGUCUCAUACUCCAUCAGCUCCUGUUUUCGCGUCUCCUGCUGCAGCCGCUGCUACCACCAGUGCGUCUCAUACUCCAUCAGCUCCUGUUUCUGCGCCUCCUGCUGCUGCAGCUGCUGCUACUGCCCCUGCUUUGCACCCUGCAAGUUUGCCGGCUCACCUUUCUCUCGCGAAACAGUCUCCAGGAGUGGUUGCUGCUACUGCCCCUGCAUUGCACCCUCCAACUUUGCCAGCUCACCUUUCUCUUGCGAAACAAUCUCCAGGGAAGGCCACUGUCCAUCCUAGUGUUGUUGUGACUGCUAGUCCGCCGCACCGCAGUGUUGUGUCUACUGCAAUGCCUCAGAACUUUACGGCUGCCAAUACAUCCCUUUGUAAUGUUGUGGCUACUAGUACAGCACCUCGUGAUGCUGUGGCUACCGCUACGACAUGUAAUCCGACCGAUUCGCAAAGAUCGGGGGAUCAAGAUUGGAAAGCGAGGUUUCUUCGGCUGCAGGCAUUCCUGAGAAAUAAUGAGCAAUCAGGACAGGAAGAAUACAUCCGCAUGCUCCAGUCUUUGUCAUCUGUUGGCCGGAGCAAGCAUGCCAUUGAGCUCGAGAAACGAGCAGUCAAUCUCUUAAUCGAAGAAGGGAAGGAGCUGCAGAAGAUGAAAUCUCUGAAUGUGCUCGGCAAGCUUCCACCUGCCGAACAUCCGUCACUACCAACUCAGCCAACUUUUGGUAUGCGUCUGCCGUUCCAGCCAUUCCCAGCCCGCCGCUGA